ACCAGUCUUUAUGUUCUUACUUUCGUGUCGUGGAAAUAAUGAUAAUUUAUUAAUGAUGAAUAAUUUAACUGAAUUACAUCACAACAAACUGAUUACAUCAUUCACCAAUUCUAAUUCAAAUAAUACUAAUUCUAUUUACAUCUUUAUACAAGAUUUAUCACAUUUGAAUCUAUUAUGUAAUCAACAAUUUCAUCAUUAUAAGAAUUCAUUAUAUAAAGUACCAUUGAAUUGUAUAUGGAAUAAUCCAAGAAGUAAAUUAUCAUCAUGGGCAUCAUCAUCAUCAUCAGCAGCAGCAUCAUCAUCAUUAUCAUCCAUUAGAUUACGAUCUAAAAUUAAAAAAUUCUUAUUAUUUAAUGAAAAUUUAAUGAAAUUUAUUAUCAAUUAUGCACAGUUUAAUCAUGUGAAUAUUGUCAAGUUUUAUGGUUUAAGUAUAAUAGAUAGAUCAAUGAAAUAUUCUUCAUAUUCAAUAAUUACAGAGUACUGUAUCAAUGGAUCAUUGGAUAUGUAUUUGAAAAAUCACAUCAUUCAAUGUAUGUCAAUUGUCAGUUAUGUAAUACUUUUAAUUUUAAAAACAAUUUCAAUGGAUAUAUGA